AUGCCAGCAGAGAAAUCUGGAUAUGCACCUUUCCAUGUCGGCACACAGAUCUAUCAAACCUGGUACAAAGUCGUAGGCGAAUUAGGAGUAGGCAGACCAAUUGUGUGUCUACACGGAGGGGGAGGGUUGACGCACCACUAUAUGUCACCCUAUACUGAGCUCAACUCGCGUCUCGGCAUCCCCGUGGUAUUUUAUGAUCAGUUAGGCGGUGGAGCAUCAUCCCAUCUGCCACUCGAUGCGCCCAGAGAUUUGUGGAAACCCGAGACAUGGGUAGACGAGCUGAACAACUUGCUCGAACACCUGGGUAUCUCCGACGACUUCGAUCUCCUUGGCCACUCCUGGGGAGGCAUGGUUUCUGCGCUGUUUGCUACUCGGGCCCCGCCUGGCCUGAGGAGCUUGAUAGUGUCCAACUCUUUCCCCUCGUUCCCUUUGUUUGCGAUGGGGACCGAAGUGAUCAUGGACCUCAAUCCCGACAUCGGUGAGGUUGCGCGGAAGCACGCUGCGGCGGGAGAUUUCGCCUCCCCGGAAUAUCGAGCAGCGAUUCAAGCUCUUCACGCCAGAUACUUCUGCCGAAUUGAUCCCAUGCCAAAAGACCUCUUGACAUCCUUUCUCUCAGUAGACAAGGACCUGACCGUAUUUUCCGUUUUGGUCGGUCACUCUAUAUAUCAUGUGUCGGGGAUUCUGAAGGAUUGGUCGUUUAUCGACGAACUACACAAAAUUACUUGCCCAGUGUUGGUCAUUAGCUCUCCAUAUGACGUCGCCCAACCUAAAGCGAUUAUGCCAUGGUUCCAAGAACUUCGUCAGGUUAAGUGGGUGGAGAUGCAGAACAGUACACAUACGCCGAUGUUUGAGGAACCUAAGAGAUACUUCGACGUCCUCAUUGCUUUUCUAUGUCGUGAUGAUAACGCUAGUCGCUAG